GACAUCCGAACAGCGAUGCCGUAGAAUGGGUUAGUAUAUUAAAAAACUGCAAAGUAACAUUUUGAAAUGUUGUUUCGUAACAGCGAUAGUCUACAAUAUAGUAUUAAGCUCGAUUUAUGCUUUUGACCUACGACAAUAUUUCUCAUAAAGAAGACAAAACUAGACAUAUAUUCUUCAUUAUAUCAUACUAGGUGAAAAAAAUCUAAUAAGAAAAUAUGAAUUUUAAUAACACUAAUAAAUAUUUGAGAAGAUUUUGUAAACAAUUACGUAUAUGAAAUGUUGCUAACAAAGUAUUUUUAACGAUAUGAGAAAUGGAAUGCUAGAAACAGAGAGGUGAUAAUAUAACUUUAAAACCGUGUCAAUAACGUAACACAAAAAUAACAUUAUGUUUAUACUGAGAAAAGAUUAGUUCAUAUGAAGUGCGUGUAUUGAGGUUAAAAUUCUACCAUCUUGUAAAAUCAACAAAGCCUUUCUUGUUUAUUAUUUUUUGAAUUUUUGAUACGCCAAAGUUUAUUCAGAGUUCUCUUCUCAAAUACAACUAAAGUUACAAGAGAAUUUCUUUCAACGACGCAACAUAAAGAAAAUUAGAAAACAUGGUCACCAAACUAUUUCUGUUUUGUUUACUCAUCGCGGAGAUACGAUGUCUUGAUGAACAUUUAGAAUGUUUGCAACGUCUCCUAGAUACAGAAGUAAACGAUGAUGACACUUUCAACACACCAGCACAAGAUCAAGAAGAGUAUGAAAGAUUACUAAACGUAUUAACAAGAGCUGGACAGGAUCCAACAAAUGAUGAAUCUGAACUCGUUCAAAAGUAUUGUCAGCACCACUCCGUGAAGAGAAGGGCGAUAAUGUACGACAAUGAAACUUCGAACAAGAACGAAACGAUUGCAUCGAGUUCAAUAUGGUCAUUAGCAUUAACGACUCAACUCAGUACACUUUCUGUAAAUUCCUCAGGUUCAUUUACAAAACCUCUAAUGUCACCAACAACUCAUACAACAAAUUAUCACAGUUCCUUAAAUACAGGUCAAACGAAAAAAAUGUCGACUGUAAUAAGUGUCCCCAAUACGUUCACAUUACGUAUUACCCAAAAUUCAACUUCAACUUUAACUUCAAUAGUGGAAAAAGCAACCAGUCUAAUAAUUACUCAAACAAUACCUUCUGCAACAUCAUCCACUAAUCCAACAAAAUCUAAUACCGCGACGUUCAAAUUGUCGCCGACUUCAGCAACGAAAAGCAAAACAGCAAACACUACCUUCCCUACCGCUACCUUUCCUUCUGUAUCAAUAACAACAACAUUGGUAAAUUCUGCCUCUAAAACGUUAAAACCAUCUAUCUCUUCUGUAUCAGCAACAAAAUCACUUCCUUAUCGGACAAACACAAAAAUACCUUCAUCAACGAAAGAUACUGCAACAAUGGUGUUAUCUGAAAUAAAAUCACAGACUUCAUCUUUUACCUCUAUUUAUUUACACACCAUUUCUACAACUUCUGUGAAAACUAUGGUUACAUUAUCUAGCUCGUUUAAUGUUUUGUCAAGCAAAACAUCCUCUCUUAUACCUUCAUCAACGAAAGAAAGUUCAACAAUGUUGGUAUCCACAUCGGAAAUAGGUCCACAGACAAGUAAAACUUCAUCUUUUACAUCUAUUGGUUUGCACAAGACUACAUCUACAAUUUCUGUAAAAACGAUGGUUACACCAUCUAGCUCGUUUAAUGUUCUGUCAAGCAAAACCUCCUCUCUUUCUCCCCAUGUUUCUAAAUCGUCAGAACUUAUAACCUUGAUCACUUUUAGCCCAACUCUUAUAUCUACAGUUAGUACAAGUGUGUUCACGGCACUAAGUACACAAAUAAAGGCGAGUCCUUCCUCAGUACCGAGUUCGUCAUCCAUCGGCAUCCAAAGGAAACACAAUGGCCAAUCUACAUUCGAAGGAGGAAACUGUAGUAUACUUCUGUCAAAUACAACUUUGCAAAAGUUAUUUCUAGAUAAACAUACUGAGUUUCUCGCCAACACACUUGAAAUUGAUAAAUCUGUUAUAUCCUACCCAGAGAAUCCGAUUUCGUGUGGCUCCAUCAUUGUGAAGUACACCAUUAAAUCGUCCCUCUCAGAUGAACAAAUAGUGACAAAAUUGAACAACUCGAUAAAAGCAGAUGGUGGAAAUUUCACUGUAAAUGGUACUACCUUCCAAGCUAAAUCGUUCAAAUCGAUCACAGUUCCUCCAGCUACAGUAUCGACAAUAACAUCGACGACAACCAGAAUUAUUACUGCCACUCCGACAACAGACCUUCCAUCCACUCCAACUACAACUACAACAGCAGAGCCUAAAAAGAAAAGUCUUUUGAUUUUAUAUGUCACUAUAUUUAGUGUCGUUGGGUUCGUUAUCAUCGUCAUAAUUGCUGUUAUUAUCGUCGGUUGCCGGCGGAACGAAACAACCGGCAAGUUUAAAUUAUCAUCAGAUUUGGAUUAUGAGCUCGGAAAUUUUCAAUCCCUUCCACGUGCCAAGAUUGUUAAUAUGUAUGGUGAUGAGCCAGUACUUAAAAAUGCUGCAGAACCAAACGGGAAAGUUCACAAUGAGUACAGUUUUGGUGACGACAUGCUAGCCUGGGAUCUACCACCUAUUGAAAGUCCAGAUGCCAAGAAUAAGUCAAAAGAAAACGGGCACGGUAUUGUUAACACUGCAUUAGAUGAGGACUAAUCAACAACGAUUUACUGACUAAUUUUAUAGUAACCUAAAUGUCAUAAUCCGAUAGAUUUAAAUUUUUAAAACGACAAAAAUUCACAUGCAGUGAAAAUUACACGGAAACAGUAAUGCAAAACUAAACUAUUUUUAAGUAUAUAUUAAUUAGAUAAACGAGAAUAAAACUUCUUGUGUACAGAGAAA